GCUGCUCGUCACUUUCCUCAACUUGUCUGUAGCUCAGAUAUAAAAAUACGCGAACAAUUCUUUUCGUUUAAUAAAUCCUUGAUCUUAUUAUAUUAAAGAAAUUUAAAUUAGAAUAAAGUUUAAAAAAAACGAAAGAGAGAAAGAGAAAAUAAAAGUGUAUAAAAGAUAUAAAACGGAGAGGAUUGAUUAAUCAAAAUGUGGUUUUUUCUAAUAUUAGCUAUUGCUUCGAAUAGGAAUGUAAUCGCAUUUCCACAGAAUGACUUGAGCGAUAACAAUAUUGAGAUUCAAACGCUACCUACCACAUUCGAAGUAGAUGGAUUUAUUUUUGAUGGACCAGCAAAUAGACCAUUACGGCAAACUUCCACAAUUAUAACAACUACUACUACAGCAGCUACAGUUGAUCCUCAAUUCGAUCAAUGUGUUGCAACAUGUCGGACGACACCCGAAUAUAAUCCUGUAUGUGGAACAGACCAAAUCGACUAUAAAAAUCCUGGGCAACUAAGCUGUGCAUCUAUGUGUGGAAAAGAUGUUUCAUUAAAACAUUAUGGACGUUGCACGACUACGAAAAUAAGAGGAAGAUAACGAUAAGUUGUUUGAAUGUUUUGCUGAUCAAGAAUAUUAAUAUGCAAAUUAUGAAUACCCAGUUUAAGAAGACUGUUUUAACGCAUAGUUACAUAAUUGUUUUUUCGUCCUUGUUUCAUUUUUAAUACAAGUUUUAAUUGAAAA